AUGUAAUUUCUACCCGCAAGGGUGGCUCAGUUGGUUGAGCAUGGGGCUUUCAUAAUGGAGGUCUCAGGUUCGAAACCCCCUGCCAACGACAGCAGGGGAUUUGCCUUCUGGGUCGAGCUUGUCGCACGGGGCUUGCCUAGUGCAGUUUACCUCUCCUGUGUGGUUUGCGAGCUAUUGCACAGGAGCUGGGUUUACCCUGUGCGCACCCAAAGGGUAGCAGCUGCGGGUUCCCAUGUCAUCAAAAAAAAAAAAAUAUGUAAUUUCUCACUUAUCAUUUACUCCUCUUUCCUGUAACUUAUGUGCAUAUACUUGACUGUUUUCUAUGUACUGAAGUGCUUUCUUACUUUCAGUUUUCCUGUAACUUUUGCGAGUAAGAAGGGCUGUGAGAAUUUCUUACAACACCAAAUGAAGGAUGAGUUGAAUUCGGAGUUCUUUUUGAGGCUUACCUUGAAAAAUGGACAAAAACCUCUCUGGGGAAGACAAUGACAGCAUUGACUGGGAUACUGAAGAUGAAUUAGAAAUACAAGAAAUACCGGACACAACAUUUUCAUCAUGCACGAAUUUAAGAGAUGCUGGAGAGUAUACUGUUCGUUCUCAUGGGGAGGCAAGCUCAUCAUCAGUACCCUGCCAAUCCAAGUUCAUUCAGCAAUUUAUAGUGAUGGGAUUUCCUGAAGAAUCUAUUGCAAAAGCAAUAGAACAAAAUGGAGAAAAUGAAGGUUUGGUGCUGGAUGCUCUUUUGACAUUCAAGGCCCUUGAAGACUCUCCGGAAGAACAGCCCAGUACGAGCUCUCAGCUGGAUCCCUGCAUUAGUUCUGAUGAUAGCUCUUCUCAAUACGACGAGAACUUUCUGGAUGAUGCUUACGAGGAAGUUAGUUGGUCCUCCGACUCAGACAACUGUAUAGAUUCUGCUGAUCAGUGCUACUUGCAAGACGGGAGCAGUUCUUUGUCUGAAAAAGAGCAGACAUUACUAUUCCUGGCAAAUAUGGGAUACCCAGCGGAAGAGGCUUCCAUAGCAAUGGAGAGAUGUCAAAAAGCAUCUCUUGCUGAAUUGAUAGAUUUCAUGUGUGCUGCUCAAAUGGCAAGAGAAGAAGAUAUAUAUCUGCCAGAAGAUGUGAAGCCAAAACUAAAUAGCGGUGGAUACAAGAAGAGGAAGAUGAACAAUGAACUGUGCAGUAGAAAAAAGCAAAGGGCGAUUUUAGAUGAAGAUACAAUUCUUUUGCCCAACCCUAUGAUUGGAUUCGGGGUUCCUACGCAAUCAGUUCCAGGAAUGGUGCAAAGAACUCUUCCAGAGCAAGCUAUUGGUCCCCCUUAUUUCUAUUAUGAGAAUGUUGCUCUAGCUCCAAAGCAUGUGUGGGGCAAAAUUUCCAGAUUCCUUUAUGAUAUUGAGCCUGAGUUCGUUGAUUCAAAAUACUUUUGCGCUAGUGCAAGAAAAAGGGGAUAUGUUCAUAAUCUGCCAAUUGAAGGUAGAUUUCCUUUACUUCCGCUUCCCCCAAGUACCAUUCACGAGGCAUUUCCGCUAACAAAGAAAUGGUGGCCAUCUUGGGAUGUACGGAUAAAGUUUAAUUGUUUGCAAACAUGUAUUGGGAGUGCAAGGCUGGCUGAUAGAAUCAGGAAAGCUUUGGAAGCUAUGGAUAACUUUGUUGGUGAGCCACCUGUGAUAGUGCAAAAGGAUAUUCUUCAUGAAUGCCGGAAGUGGAAUUUGCUGUGGGUUGGGAGAAACAAAGUUGCUCCUUUGGAGCCUGAUGAAGUUGAAAUGCUGCUAGGGUUUCCAAGGAAUCAUACCCGGGGAGGUGGUAUAAGUAGGACAGAUAGAUACAAGUCACUUGGGAACUCGUUCCAGGUUGACACUGUGGCGUACCAUUUGUCGGUGUUGAAAGACCUGUUUCCAAAAGGUAUCAAUGUCUUAUCAUUGUUCUCGGGAAUUGGUGGUGCUGAGGUUGCCCUUUAUCGUCUAGGUAUUCCAUUGAACAAUGUGGUUUCUGUGGAAAAGUCUGAAGUCAAUAGGAAUAUUGUGAGAAGCUGGUGGGAGCAAACUAAUCAGAGAGGGAACCUUAUAGAUUUUGACGAUGUACAAGAGCUAAAUGGAGACCGCUUGGAGCAACUGAUUGAUAAAGUGGGAGGAUUUGAUUUAGUAAUCGGUGGAAGCCCGUGCAACAACCUUACUGGUAGUAACAGGGUGAGUAGGGACGGGCUUGAAGGCAAAGACUCUGCUCUAUUUUUUGACUAUGUUCGGAUAUUGGACUUGGUCAAAUCCAUAAUGUCUAGUCGUAGAGUUUGACAAAUAUUUGGUCAAGUUUCAGAAGGGAUGGACUUGGUUGGCACCAAGUAAAUGGUGUCUUUGGUUUUGGUUUGCUACUCUUUAAAAAAUUGUACAUAUUUCUGGAUGCUUUGUAGGAAUAGAAAAGGGAAUCAGAUUAGCUCUUUGAGCAACUGAUGUACAUAUAUUUGCAGCACUCUCUUAAUGUCAUCUUAUUACUACCAUUGUCUUUCUCCCAAAAACAGAAAGAAAUUGUAGUGUUUCCACUUCACUCUAACCCCAUACCUACUCAAAGUGAGACAACCAGAAUGGAAUGGAGGUAGUGUGUUCUUAUCACACUUCUGAGUCAUAAUGCUAGGAGCUGGGAGCUGAAUCAUUUGUGCAGUUUACUUCAUUUCAGUAUAGAGUUUGGACAGCAGAUUGUAGUCUUCAUCUGAUGAAAACAACAGCAGAAGUUCUGUACUUUGGCUUUGAGUCUUUUUUGCAUACUACUUUAGAAAAGCCCCUGAAAUUGAACUUUGAGAAGGGUUGGUCUCUUGUAAUGCAAUUCUUGUGUUUUACUUUUUAAGCAGUUCUCGAAUGUUUCACUCUGGCAUUUGAAGUGAAUUGUGUUUUUUCGUGAUCCAAGUCUUAACUUACUUUUAGCCAAAACUAUGUUCCGAGUUUGUUUAAUUCAUGUUCUGCAAUAUGUUUUGUGUUCUGAAAUUACAGUAAGAAAACACUUCUCUUUA